AAAAGUAAACAAUAAAAAAGCGCGCAAAAAUGUCGGACCAAGAUAUAGAAAUAAAACAGGAAGAUCAGAGCAUGGAAGACAUGGACGAGAAGGACAGUAAGACCGAAGAUGAGAACAUUACGGACAGCGGCAAGAUCACCUCAUUGAAAACCUUGGGACCCUUUAUAGCCGGCAGAGAGAACAGUCGUAAUACGAUUUACCUUAGCGAUGUUCCGGAUAUAUGCAAAGAGAAACCCUGCAUGUUGGGUGUUGAUGAAGCAGGUCGCGGUCCUGUCCUGGGUCCCAUGGUAUACGGCAUCUCUUACUGUCCUGUGCAAAGCAAAAAAGCUCUCGAGGACUUAGGUUGUGCCGAUUCCAAACAGUUGACCGAGGAUAAACGGGACAUCAUAUUCAACGAUAUUAACACCAAGGAGUAUGCCACAAGUUGUAUUGGCUGGGCCGUAGAGAUCAUAUCACCAAAUACUAUAAGCACAAGCAUGUACCGGCGGUCCAAGUGCUCAUUGAACGAGGUUUCUAUGGAUUCGGCCAUGGGUUUAAUCCAACAAGCGAUCGACGCGGGUGUCAAUAUAGCUGAAGUAUAUGUAGACACGGUGGGUCCGCCCGAGAAAUAUCAAGAGAAGCUUCUCAAACGUUUCCCCAACUUUAAGAUCACCGUUGCCAAGAAAGCUGAUUCCACUUAUCCGAUUGUCUCGGCGGCCAGUAUUUGCGCCAAGGUAACCCGUGAUCAUGCCCUCAAGGUGUGGAAGUUCCCCGAGGGAUUGGUCAUCAAGGACAAUGCCUUUGGCAGUGGCUAUCCAGGAGAUCCGGUUACGAAGAGAUUUCUGACGGAGCACAUAGAUCUAGUGUUUGGAUUUCCUCGCCUCGUGCGCUUCAGUUGGUCUACGGCGGAAAAUGCGCUAGCGGACAAGGCGUACGACAUGGAGUUCGACGAACCGGAUUCCGAGAAACCCAAGUACGCCGGCACGAAGCUCACAAAGUUCUUUAAGGGCACCACAAAGUCCGGCGAGGUAAUUCGAGAGGAUUGUCGCUUUUACAAGCAACGACAUCUUGGAAAUGUUAUAGAGUUCUAAUUAUUUCUGGAUAUUAAGUAUCUUAAUAUAUAUUAAGUUAAACCUUUGUUAAUCUGCUAAAAUAUUUUUUAACAUUAUUUACCUAAGCAUUAUAAAGUUCUAUAGUUUUUAUAAAAUUUCAAUUUUAAGAUUAAGCCCAAUUUAAAAAUUUGUCCCAAAAUAAAAAUAUAACGAUUUAAUUUGUAUCUUUAA